CUAAGCGCGUGUUCUUUUUGCUUCCAACUCAUAUUGCAAAGAAAAACGUACGUUAAGAACGAAGCUUUUUUUUGCUAUUGCAAUUCUUCAGCCGUACCAAUCUGUCCUCAGCUGAACCAUUAACGUAGUACUUUUCCAGUCAAUUAGCGAACUAUAAUAUUCCUGCUACGACAAUUCUUUGUGUUUGGAUCCAGCUUGCGUUAAUUACGGCUCAUCGCUUUAAAUAUCUUCCAUCAUGACAGGCAUAAAUGAGAUUAUGCAAAAACGCUUAAUGGAUAGCAUUAAGGCGGUACCUGGAAAAUGGAAAAUCGUAGUUGUUGACUCCAAAAGCACGCGCAUAUUGACGGCUGCGUGUAAAAUGUAUGAUAUCCUCGAAGAAAAUGUGACAGUGGUUGAAAAUAUCGAAAAACAGCGGCAGCCUUAUCCGACCCUGGAUGCUGUGUACUUUUUAACGCCCUGUCGAGAAUCGGUGCUUCGUCUGGCAGAUGACUUUACAGGCCCCAAUGGACCAAUGUACAAGGCGGCGCACAUCCAUUUCACCAGCGGACUGGAAGAUCAAUUAUUCACAGAAUUGAACAAGAAGUUUAAAGCGGCAGGUGCUUCUGAGUACAUCCAGAGUCUAAAGGAAAUGUACGUUGAUUUUAUGGUCAAGGAAUCCUCGGUAUUUACUGUCGAUCCACUUUCGAGUUAUAUAUCCAUCUAUGGAAGUGAUCCAUAUGCAAAACCGGAUCAGGCUUUGAAAAUGAUUGCUAAACAGCUUUUAUCUGUAUGCGCGACACUUGGUGAAGAUCCAAUAAUUCGUUAUCAAGUGACCGAAAACGAUAAUCCAGACGACCGACGACCACGAGCACCACCAGCUACGAGACAAUUAGCAAAUAUACUGCAAAACGAAAUAGAUGAUUUUUGCAGACUGAACAGAAACUUCCCGCCUCCACGAAACCCACCACAACCACGUGCAACCCUACUUAUUGUCGAUCGCAGUCUUGACGUGAACGCACAAUUACUGCAUGAAUUUACCUAUCAGGCAAUGAUUAACGAUCUACUGCCUGUAGAAGAUACCGAAAACGGCACUGGCAUAAAAUACUCUUAUUCUUUCAACCAAAACGAUGGAUCCAUAGGCACACAGGAGGUGUUUUUGGAUGAGGAUGACACGGUUUACAAAUCAAUUCGCCAUUUGCAUAUCGCCGAAUGUACCGACCGCUUGAUUGAGGAGUUUAACAAAUUCCUUGAGGAGAAUAAAACUGCUGUCCAGAGCGGUGAUCGUUCUGCUCCACCAAAGGACUCAGCAAAGAGCUUAAAGGACAUGAAGGAAAUGCUUGGAAACCUACCUCAGUUUCAAGACAUGAAAGCAAAGUAUUCUGCGCAUUUGAGUAUCGCACAAGAGUGUCUUUCUAUCUUUGAAAAACACAAGCUGAACUCUGUGGGAAAUCUAGAGCAGAACAUUGCUACCGGGGAGACACCCGAUGGCGAAACACCAAAGACUGUCGUUUUAGAUAUGGUUCCUCUGCUAGACGAUCCUUAUGUCAGCCCGGCAGAUAAAGCGCGUCUUUUAAUGCUAUACAUUGUCUCCAAGGAAAACGGCAUCUUUGAGGAUGACAAACACAAGCUGCUUGAGCAUGCAAAGUUAAAAGGAGAGUUCCGCGAUGCAGUGAACAAUCUACCAUCUCUGGGUGUACAGGUGACAAAGCAACGUCGUAAGGGCGGUGAAAAGUCUCUUCGUAAGAAGAAGGAGCGUAAGCGAUCACAGGAUGAGACGCCUUACGAAUUAUCUCGCUAUGUUCCUCAACUUAAAAAAGUCAUGGAUGCACAAUUGUCGAACACAUUGGAACCUGCCCAUUUUGCAUACACUCGGCAGUCUGAUAUGGAUCCUUCAGACGACGGUGGCGCACCAUCGGGCAACCCAGGUAUACCGCAAAGUGGCGUGUCUUUGCGCACCACAAAACCCACCUGGAGCAAAAAGCCCACUUCUGUUCCCGGUGGAGGACAAUCUCGCUCAUCCGGUGCCAAAUUGAUCGUAUUUGUACUGGGAAGUUUAUCUUACUCAGAGAUUCGUUCUGCGUAUGAAGUAGCAGCCAUGUAUAAUCGGGACGUAUACAUUGGUACCACAGACGUGAUGCGUCCUGCCAAAUUCGUCGAGGAAACGGGCCAGCUGCGCUUACCACCGCCAUCCAUCAAGUCUCUUAUUCCACCUUACGUUCCUCCAUCACCACCUGCAAGCAAAGCUUCAUCCCUACUGUCGCAUAUGCCCCACAUUAACAACAGCUCAAGCUCACAUCUCAGCUUAAGUAACUUGAGCAUCCGUAGUGGUGGAGCUAGUGGUACAAGCUCAACGCCAGACAGCAAGAACGUAGACGAAAAGGCAGACAAGAAAAAGAAGAAGGGCUUGAAGAAGCUUUUUGGCUAAGAAUUAUCUCUCCCUAGAAUCUCUAUUCCUUUUUUUUUGAAUAUUAAACAAUCCAUUUACCAACUAUGAAUAAUUGUGCCUAUGAUAUCAGUAUUGGUGAUUAUAACUCUGUUAUCACAGCUUUAAACGUGCAGAACAAUUAUAGCAUAGCCGCUCAAAGA